UUCCCUUUUGCAGCUCUCAAUUUGACGCAACGCACAAGUGCAGCAGCAUUCGAUACAAAAAUAAAAAUCAAGAUUCAGCAGGGAGAGUUUGCGGAGGCUCUGGAAUUAGUGAAUGAAUGGCAAUUUAUUGACCCCGAAAAUACAGACCUCGACAUGAUUGAAAGGCAAAUUAGUCAAAAAUUGCUGGCGGCGCAACCUAGGAGUGGAACAGCGGAGAUGAACCGAUGUCAAUCGCUUUCCGAUGUGUCAUGUGGCCAUGAAUCAGGUCAUGAAAUGACAACGAAAAAAGGACUCAACCAAGCCUGGAGUCAAAGCGGCAACGCGAAGCCAAAGAAUAAGAAAGAACUACAACGAGAAGAGCGGCAGAGAGAAAAGGAAUGCCAAGAGAUAGCUCGUGAAUUGGAAGAGAGGCGAAAGCAGGAAGAAAUUAAAAGCAAGAAGGUACGUGUUUGA